GAACCUGCUGGUCUCCUUCGUCCACUCCGUCGUGGCCGGGAUCUGGGCCGUCGUGGGGGUGUGGCGGAUGCCUGGGGCCUUUGCGGAUCUGGUCCACGCCACCUCUCCUUCGGGGCAUUUGCUACUCUGCGUUUCAACAGGGUAUUUCAUCCAUGACUCACUCGACAUCAUUGUAUGCCGACAGUCACGGGCUUCCUGGGAAUACUUGGUCCAUCACGCCAUGGCCGUUUCGGGCUUGUUCUCGGGGAUCUAUUUCAACCGGUUUGUCGCCGCCGGCCUGGUGACCCUCUUUGUGGAGGUGAGCAACAUCUUCCUGACCCUGAGGAUGAUGAUGCGCCUGGGCCAGCUGCCCUUCACCACCGCCUACGAGGUCAACAAGUACGUCAACCUGGUGGUGUACUUCCUCUUCCGCCUCUUCCCCCAAGCCUACCUGACGUGGUACUUUGUCCGCUUCGUGGAGAUGCGGGGCCAGGGGGCUUUCCUGAUGGUCAACCUGGUGCUUCUCGACGGCAUGAUCCUCGUGUACUUCUCACGCCUGCUGCGCUCCGACUUCUGCCCGGACGCGCGGAAGCCGGGGCCCGAGAACGAGAAGAAGUUCCUCAAUGACUAACGUGCCUUCGGGGAGACCCUGGCGACGAGGGUCGGAGAGCGAGCGAGCGAGCAAGCGAGGAGGGCUGGCCCUGCAGUGAGAACCGCCGUCCGGUUCCGCCGCCGCCGCCGCCUGCGUGCCUUAAUGACCGAUGAGUCCGCAUCACUGUGUUGUCCCUUCAUGCCAUUUUCCUCCCUUGCUCGGCACCCGCCGAGGUGUGGAGCUGACCCCACCGCUCGGACGGCCCGCUUCCGACAAGGCUGGCCCCGCCGACAGCCAGUUCUGGGUUCGAGUCCCAGCGGGAAGCAAGCGUGGAGGCUUCUGACAACUGGAGGGUUUGAGGUUGGGGGGUAGAGCUUGUCUCAUGUUGUUUUUUGGGGGGAGCUUGGAAGUUUUAGGGGGAAAGGCGGGGAGGGGCGUUCUGUGCAUUAAAAUCUGU